GCCCAGGGCGACAGCAGGGAGCUCACUGCUUCCCUGGCCUGGCAGAGUUGGCGUGGGCCUGGGGCUGCCCCGGGGCACGGUCCCAGCACUGGCCAGGCUGGGCAGUAACUAGGGGGAGAGGGCCGGUUCCCAGACUGCAGGAGCCUUUGCGGCUGGGGAAGGAGGCUGCCAGUUCCUUGUAUCGCUUUCCCAGGGCAGGGGCAGGCCGGGGGGUCCCAGCUGCUUGCUCCCUCCAGGGACCGGCCUGAGGGGCUGACAUGAGGGCAGGCACCUGGGGCCACAAGCACUGGAGGAAGCGGCUGCCAAGGGCCCCGCAGCCCUGCCAAGCGGAGAGAUGAUCAGUAGGCAAGACACUCAACGGGCAGUGGCGAUUCUGACCAGGUACCAAACCACGCUGAGGGCUCCAGAGGAGCAGCAGUUGAAGGCCUCAAUCGGAAAGGUCUCGCACAUCUUCCGAAGUGACCUCUUUCAGGCCCUGCUGGAUAUUCAGGAGUUCUAUAAGCUGAGCUUACUUUCUGCACACCUACAGCAUCAGAUCCCAGAUCCAGCCCCCUGUAUAUCUGAGAAUCAGCAUGAUGCUGGAAAGCUGGGCUCACCUGAUAGCCUUGGAGAUCCCCAAUGUACUCUGGAGGACACUCCUCUGGAUGCUGAGCAGAGACCGAUUCAAGGGGCCCAGGGAAGCAGCAUGUUGGGGCAGCAGCCACAGCUGGUGAGAGUGACUGUGAGCAGCCUGGAGUCGCCAGCCAGUGUUUGCAAUCUGGUGGUUUGUGCCCACAGCACACUACCCAAGGCUAACCCUGCUCCCAUUAUCGUGAACACAGACUCCUUGGAACCAGGGAUCUCUGUAAAUGGCAGCGAUGGCAUGUUUAAAUAUGAGGAGAUUGUCCUGGAAAGGGGUAACUCUGGCCUUGGCUUCAGCAUUGCAGGGGGAAUUGAUAAUCCCCAUGUUCCUGAUGACCCAGGGAUUUUUAUCACGAAAAUCAUCCCUGGUGGAGCUGCAGCUAUGGAUGGCCGCCUGGGGGUGAACGACUGCGUCCUGCGGGUAAAUGAAGUGGAUGUCUCGGAGGUGGUGCACAGCAAGGCAGUGGAGGCGCUGAAGGAAGCAGGCCCGGUGGUUCGACUUGUGGUGCGUCGGAGGCAGCCCCCACCUGAGACUAUCAUGGAAGUUAACCUGAUGAAAGGACCCAAAGGACUAGGCUUCAGCAUCGCGGGUGGAAUCGGAAACCAGCACAUCCCAGGAGACAACAGCAUCUACAUCACCAAGAUCAUUGAGGGAGGGGCUGCCCAGAAGGAUGGCCGGCUGCAGAUUGGGGACCGACUGCUGGCGGUGAAUAACACGAACCUGCAGGACGUGCGGCACGAGGAGGCAGUGGCCUCUCUGAAGAACACCUCCGACAUGGUGUACCUGAAAGUGGCCAAGCCUGGCAACGUCCACCUCAACGACAUGUACGCGCCCCCCGACUAUGCCAGCACCUUCUCAGCCUUGGCUGAUAACCACAUAAGCCAUAACGCCAGUCUGGGUUACCUCGGCAGUGUGGAAAACAAACCCACCUACCCAGCCCCCGCACAGGCGACCCCAUCUAGGUACUCACCCAUCCCUCGACAUAUGAUUGGGGAGGAAGACUUCACCAGAGAGCCCCGAAAAAUCAUCCUGCACAAAGGCUCCACCGGACUGGGCUUCAACAUCGUCGGGGGAGAGGAUGGAGAGGGGAUCUUUGUCUCUUUCAUCUUGGCUGGCGGCCCCGCCGACCUCAGUGGGGAGCUGCGGAGAGGAGACCGCAUCUUGUCGGUAAAUGGUGUAAAUCUCCGGAAUGCAACUCAUGAGCAGGCGGCAGCAGCUCUGAAACGGGCGGGGCAGACAGUGACCAUCAUCGCUCAGUACAGACCUGAAGAGUACAGCCGUUUUGAAUCCAAAAUCCACGAUUUAAGAGAACAAAUGAUGAACAGCAGCAUGAGCUCUGGGUCGGGCUCUCUCCGGACAAGCGAGAAGAGAUCUCUCUAUGUCCGAGCCCUGUUUGACUAUGACAGGACCCGGGACAGCUGCCUGCCAAGCCAGGGGCUCAGCUUCUCCUAUGGGGACAUUCUGCAUGUCAUCAAUGCCUCAGAUGAUGAGUGGUGGCAAGCGAGACUAGUGACCCCCCACGGAGAAAGUGAGCAGAUUGGGGUCAUCCCCAGCAAAAAAAGGGUGGAAAAGAAGGAGCGUGCAAGAUUGAAAACAGUGAAGUUUCACGCCCGGACUGGGAUGAUUGAGUCCAACAGGUCGAUCAAAACGAAACGUAAAAAGAGUUUCCGCCUCUCCCGAAAGUUUCCAUUUUACAAGAGCAAAGAGAACCUGGCCCAGGAGAGCAGCGGACAGGAACAGGGCGUGACAUCAAACACCAGUGACAGCGAGAGCAGUUCCAAAGGACAAGAGGACACUAUCCUGUCAUAUGAACCAGUGACACGGCAAGAAAUUCACUAUGCGAGGCCAGUGAUCAUCCUGGGGCCAAUGAAGGACCGUGUCAAUGAUGACCUCAUCUCCGAGUUUCCACACAAGUUUGGCUCCUGCGUGCCACACACUACCAGGCCUCGGCGUGAGAAUGAGGUGGAUGGGCAGGACUAUCACUUUGUCGUAUCCCGAGAGCAGAUGGAGAAAGAUAUUCAGGACAACAAGUUCAUAGAGGCUGGGCAGUUCAAUGACAAUCUCUAUGGGACCAGCAUCCAAUCAGUGCGGGCAGUUGCAGAGAGAGGGAAGCACUGCAUCCUGGACGUGUCUGGCAACGCCAUCAAGAGGUUGCAACAAGCACAACUUUACCCUAUUGCCGUUUUCAUCAAGCCAAAAUCCAUUGAAGCUCUCAUGGAGAUGAACCGGAGACAGACGUAUGAACAAGCCAACAAGGUCUUUGACAAAGCCAUGAAAUUGGAGCAGGAGUUUGGAGAGUAUUUUACAGCCAUUGUACAAGGAGACUCUCUGGAAGAGAUAUACAACAAAAUCAAACAGAUCAUUGAGGACCAGUCUGGGCACUACAUCUGGGUCCCAUCCCCUGAGAAACUCUGAAGACUUCCCCCAUCAACUUCCUUGUGAGCAGAUGUCUGAAAUCCCUCCCUCACCUAUGCCCCAAGGCGGGGGGACAUGAAUACUUCUCCUGCCCCCUUUUUUAGAUCGUCGCAAGAUUGAGUUUUCUAGUCCUGUUUCUUUUUGUUGGGAUGAAUCAAUCUCACCACGUGACUGUCCCCACCAUUCCUGCAUGGACCUUCCUGCUGCUCCAUUAGAGACAGAUGAGAUCCCAUUCAAGUCAUUUUUUUUUUUAUUAUUAAAAUUUAACCCAAGAAGCAAGAUGGGAGGAGGCAGCUGAGGACUUAUGUAAAGAACAACUGAAAUAAUGGAUUUUUUUGAAUAUGAGCUAGGACUGGAGCUCCUGGGGGCAUUUCUCCAAGCAUGUGUCACUGCCUUGUAGCUUUGAACAGUGCAACAGAAAGCAUUUUAUUUAUCUGUAUAUGUAAUUUAUAUAUAAUAUAUAGAUAUUAUAUAUAUAUUAUAUAUGUGUGGACUAGAAAACCUGAGGGACCUCCUAAAACGGUACUAUAUUAUUGCAAGGAUUUUUUAAAAUUUGUUGUAUCCCAGUCACUGGGCUUGGGAGUCCCACUCUGGUCAAGAAUAGAUUGAAAUGGUACCAAGUGCUUCAGAUGUUUCUCACAUCUGGUCAGUUUUCUGAGAACCAAAGCCCAGAUCUUUGGGGUAAAGCAGAGAAACUGGGAUGCUGUGUGCGUGCAGAGAGGGCCAAGGGUCCAGAAUAACCUUUAGCAGCUGAUCUAAGUGAAACUGGAAGACCCAGACUGAGCAGGAGGCUGCAGAGUGAGAGAGAAUGGAUAAGACGUUAUUAAAUUGCACAUUGUUUUACAUACCA